AUGCUGUCCGCAUUCAAGGCGCAGGCCAUCCACGAGCUCAAGCCGCGCGACAAAGCCCGAGUUGAGUCGCUGCUGGCGUACGGCGACCGGCUGCUGGUUGGCCUCAACACUGGUGUCUUGCGAGUGUUUCGCGUCAACGAGAAUACAUCAAACGUAGGAGAGGCGGCAAAUGGAGAGGCAAAUGGAGAUGCUCAGGUCCCGCCGAGCCCGACCAAGAGAAAGCAUGUGGAGCUGUUGAACGAGCAAGAGAAGUUCAGCAAGAAGCCAGUGCAGCAGUUGGCUAUGAUCAAGGAGGCCAAUCUGCUAGUCAGUCUGAGCGAUGCAUACAUCUCGCUGCAUCAUCUGCAAUCAUACGAAUUGGUAGAGCGGCUGGAGCGCACCAAAGGUGCCGCUUGCUUCGCAGUCACCAGCAAUGUAGUGAAGGACCCAGACACGAAUGUGCCCGGCCUCGUGUCAAGAUUGGCUGUGGGUGCGAGACGGAAGGUUCUAUGUUGGACCUGGCAAGACAUGGAACUUCUGCCAGAUGUCCAGGAAAUUAGCCUGGAGGCGAGCAUCAAAAGCCUCAAUUGGGCAGAUGGAUCUCGCCUCGUUGCCGGCAUGGAUCCAGGCUUCUCUGUGAUUGACGUAGCUUCAGAAGAGAUUGUUUCUGUCACGAAACCGGUACCGCAGGCUGCAGCCGACGUUAACGCAGGAGAGCUGGCUGGUGUCCGAUUUGGUGCGGUCAGCAGCAGUGGAAUGGGAUAUAUGGGUAUGGGAAGCUGGGUGCCCAAGCCAAUGGCUACUGCUUUGUCCGGCGGUCAAGUUCUCCUGGCGAAGGAUGUCAAUACUCUCUUCGUGUCCAUUGAUGGUAAACCUCUGGAAAGACGACAGGUACCGUGGGCACUGGCACCGGAGGCAAUUGGCUACAGCUACCCUUAUCUACUGGCGCUGCAACCGCCCGACAAAGGCACGCUACAAAUACGCAACCCAGAGACAUUGACACUGCUGCAAACGAUCAACGUGCCUGGCGCAGCCAUCCUCCACGUUCCCCAACCCUAUAUAAGUCUCGCGCACGCCGGGAAAGGGUUUCUUGUAGCAUCGGACAGAAUGAUAUGGCGUAUGAAUGCAUUGCCGUACCACACGCAACUCACGGAGCUGGUAGAGAAGCAGCGAUUUGACGAGGCGAUCAGUCUUUUGGAACUGCUUGAGGAUACCUUGAUCGAUGACAAGCCUGGCCGAAUCCGCGAAAUCAUGAUAUUGAAAGCCAUUGCUCUGUUUCAGCAACAAAAGUAUCGACCAGCGCUUGAUUUGUUCACAGACGCCAAGACAUCUCCAGAACGAGUCAUAUCUUUAUUCCCAAGAAGCAUUGCUGGUGAACUGUCGAGCUUUCCCGAAGAAUCCAGUGAAGCUGAGCACACCACUGAAAAUUGCGACACCAACGACGACGUAAAAGCAGCUCCUAGUACUCCUUCAAAAGGAAUUCUUGGAAAACUAACAUCAAGCCACAAGAAAGCGGACUCGGACGCUGCCUCGAUCAAGUCACCAGCUCGAAAGGACGCGGAUAAUGCCAGCAUUCGCAUCAGGGCACCAAAGGCUUCUGAUAAGCCGUUAGAAGGAGAAGAUCUCAAAUUUGCCGUUCGUUGCCUGUGCUCGUUCUUGGCUGAGACCAGACAACAGGUUCAGAAGCAUCUUAACCCCGACGGCACACUCAAGGUCGAUCCACCGUCUUUAGACAAAGAGACCGGUCUGCCUGAAUUUCAUAAUCUUCUGCCACAGUCUACUCUAGGAAAACUUGGUCAACCGGUAGAUUGGCAGAAAGAACUUCUUAGGAUCGCACAGCUCGUUGACACGACUCUUUUCCGGUCGUACAUGCUUGCAACGCCGAUGUUGGCCGGUCCGCUCUUUCGGCUCGACAAUUUCUGUAAUCCCGAUGUCGUUCAGUCAGCGCUUUACGAGGGUGAGCGAUACAAUGACUUGAUUGACUUCCUACAUGGAAAGAAAUUGCAUCGCCAGGCCCUGGAAAUGCUUGCCAAGUUCGGCAAAGGCGAAGCUGAUGGCGAAAUUCCCCAAGGCAUGCGCGGUCCAGAACGUACUGUGGGCUAUCUAAAGCAGCUGCCGCCCGAUCUCGUUGGGCUGAUACUGGAGUACGCUGCCUGGCCCGUUCGAGAAAAACCGGAAGUUGGCAUGGAUGUGUUCCUCGCGGACACUGAUAAUGCCGAGAAGCUUCCACGCGAUCAAGUCCUAGAUUUUCUCGGCGAGAUUGACGAAAAGCUGCAGAUUCAGUAUCUUGAACACAUCAUCGACGAAUUAGGUGAUAGCAACGGUGAUUUCCAUCAACAGCUCAUCGACCUGUAUUUGAGCGAGCUCAGGAAAGAGGCUGUCGAUGACGAAUCUCGAUCCCAGCUGAAAGCAAAGCUUGAGGCGUUCUUGGUCAAGAGCAAAGUGUACAAGAAAGAAAAGACCUUUCGCCAACUACCUCCAGAUGAUCCGAUCUUCUUCGAAUCCCGUGCCAUUGUCCUCAGCGCAAUGGGUAACCACAAGCAAGCUCUUUCUAUUUACGUCUUCCAGCUCAAAGACUACGCCAAGGCCGAGGAAUAUUGCAACAAAGUUUAUCUCGAAGAUCAAGCCGAGAAACAGGAAUGCCUUCUUGAGGCAAAUACGACCCACGAGAAGCAUUUCCGUCAAUUAGAACCCGAAGACAGUGCAAGCCGUGCGAACAUCUUCGCAAUUCUUCUAGGCCUCUACCUACGUCCGCCACAUUCAGAAGAGAAACGAUGGCCCCAAGCUCUCGAGCUCCUCGGCAAACACGGCGCCCGUCUCCCGGCCAGCAGCACUCUUGACCUCAUGCCGGACGACCUUGCUGUUCAAGAGCUGCAGGACUACUUUCGAGGUCGCAUUAGGAAUGCUACCUCGAUCCUACGCGAAGACAUGAUCGUUCGUGGACUCGAGGGCGUGAGGAAGGCAAACCGUGAACGAACAUUACUGCUUGGACCAGAUAACAUUAGUGAUGAACGACCGUCGGGAAGGAACAGGCGAGUAAGAAUCGGGGAGCUGGAUCACUGCAAGGUCUGUCACAAACGGUUUCAAGCCGCUGGUGCGAUUCGAGUAUACCCUGACAACGAGGUCAUUCAUUAUGGAUGUAUCGGACGAAGUGGGAGGAAGACGGUGCCAGAUAGCGAUAGCUCGAGAGGUCUCGGCGCACUGAGGAGUUCCAGCGGCUGGGCAUGA